CGCUCAGGAAUCGAAUCGCAUUUCGCAAAUCAAAGUGAACGCGGUAACCGAUCAGCGAUGAUCCGCAGGCGACCGACGCGGCUGGAGUUGAAGCUGGAGGAUCUGGAGGAGUUCGAGGCCGUGAAGAAGGAAAUCGAGGCUCGCAGGGAGCGCCUUGACACGUCGGCGGGAGGCGCCGAAACUCCGACGACGUCGCGAGACGCGAGGCAGAAGUCGUUCAACGAGCGGAUCGGUUACAACCCCCUGCCCAAGGCGGCGGCGCCGCUCGACAGCACGCUGUGACGACAGCACGCUGUGACGACAGCGGAUGUGACGACAGCACGCUGUGACGACAGUGGCUGUGACGACAGCACGCUGUGACGACAGCACGCUGUGACGACAGCACGCUGUGACGACAGCGGAUGUGACGACAGCACGCUGUGACGACAGCACGCUGUGACGACAGUGGAUGUGACGACAGCACGCUGUGACGACAGCACGCUGUGACGACAGCGGAUGUGACGACAGCACGCUGUGACGACAGUGGCUGUGACGACAGCACGCUGUGACGACAGCACGCUGUGACGACAGCACGCUGUGACGACAGUGGAUGUGACGACAGCACGCUGUAACGACAGCGAAUGUGACGACAGCACGCUGUGACGACAGCACGCUGUGACGACAGCGGAUGUGACGACAGCACGCUGUGACGACAGCACGCCGUGACGACAGUGGCUGUGACGGCGGCGGCGCACGCGGUCACGACCGUCGACGCAGUUGGGAGAUUCUCACACCUGUCACAACACCCCCCCCCCCCACUUAUUAGUGUCCCACCUUGUUACUGACCAGUUCAGACUUUACUGGUCACCCCCCCUUGCCCCUUUUAAAUCUCAACGUUCAUCCUACAAAGUCCCAUCACGAGGGAGAAACACAAAUCGACAAUCACCACUACACUCACUACUACACUCACCACUACACUCACAACCCCUUAUCAGUGUCCCACCUUGUUACAGACCAGUUCAGAUUUUACUGGUCACCCCCCUUGCCACUUUUAAAUCUCAACGUUCAUCCUACAAAGUCCCAUCACGAGGGAGAAACACAAACAAAUAGACAAGCAAAAGUUGUUGGCCGUAUUGAAACGGCUGUACGCCGUUUGGACCUGAAAACCCCAGUUUUCCCUGCACAAGAAUACGGGGUAAACCGUGUGGGUUGAUGCGGUAUGACAUCUUUCGCGUCGUCUUCCACAAGUCGCGCGCUGCUGUGACGACUUCCCCGUCUCUCGCCAUCAAGGAGUCGUUGUCUUCACAACCUUCUACGAGGCGCAGAAAACUGGAGCAACAAUGGCUACAUUUCGAUUUAAAGCUUUCGUGACUGCAGGGAUUCAUCUUCUUGGUUCUUUCGGUAAAGUCACGUAGAAUGGAAGUAAUAAUUUAUAUUAUAUUAUUUUAUUAUUUCCCUUCUACGUGACUUUACUGAAAGAACCAAGAAUACGCAAAAAUCAGUUCGAAAGAAAUUCGUUUUGAAAGAAAUGACGAGCUUGCGAGAACUUAAAUUUCGAUUUAAAGCUUUCGUGACUGCAGAUUCAUAUUCUUGGUUCUUUCGGUAAAGUCACGUAGAAGGGAAAUAAUAAAAUAAUAAAAAUAAAACAAUAAAAUGAUUCUCACGACGUUUCGGCCACAACGCAAGCUGUCUCCUCGACAGACCUGUUCUCCACCUGAGGACGGCUGCUUGCGUUGUGGCCGAAACGUCGUGAGAAUUAUUUUAUUAUGUUUUAUUUUUAUUAUUUUAUUAUUUCCAUUCUACGUGACUUUACCGAAAGAACCAAGAAGACAACAAUGGCUAUUUUGCAAAUACGCAAUCGCGUUUCGUAUGCAAAGAGCUGAAAACACAAAUGGCAUCGUGGUGGCUAGGAGAUGUUUAACUCCCUCGCCUGGUGUAUACGGGAGGUCGUGGGUUCAAUCCCGACCCUGACGCCUGCUGUAUAUUUGGACUCUGCGUGUCUUGUUUAUCGUCAUCACGGUGGCUAGGAGAUGUUGACUACGUCGCCUGGUAUGCAGGAGGUCGUGGGUUCAAUCCCGACCCUGACGCCUGCUGUAUAUUUGGAAUUUGCGUCUCUCAUCGUCAUCACGGUGGCUAGGAGAUGUUGACUACGUCGCCUGAUAUAUCGAGGAGAGCGUGGGUUCAAGCCCGACGCCUGCUGCUGUAUAUUUGGAGUUUGUGUCUCUCUCGCCCCGUGGUAACGUAGAUUUUUUUUCCGUGCCCUCUGGUUUUUUCCCCCCGCCACUUUUAGAAUCUAACGUCACGCGUUUUCGAGUAUUUGGCCGCUGUUAUAAGGAGGCGGGGGGAAGUGGCGGGCGGUGGGCGUUGACUGUGAUCCAACAAAAUAAAGUAACGUAAACGCGAA